UUUGCAAUCUUGCAUGCCAGUCUGCCCGGAACACUCCUUAUCAACAGUGACAUUGUAAGAUAGCAAAAAUGGCCAGCGUAAAAAAGAACGGAGGUUUCAGCAGUCAGUCCUACAGUCCCUCAAGAGGGUACCCCAGCAUGACGCCGGCCAAGAGGGACCUGCUCAACCCCAUCGACACAAAGGUGGACCCCGUUGACCAGAAGGCGAAGACAAAUGAGAAAGAUCAAAUGGUUGGACUGAAUGAUAAGUUCGUUGCAUUUAUUGACAAAGUGCGCAACCUUGAGCAGGAGAACCAACGGCUCGAGGCCAAACUGAAGAUUCUCCUGGAGCAAGAGCAGUACAAGGGCAACAUCGACGACAUCGUAGCCGAGCUGAGCACCAACCUGCGCCGGCAAGUCGACAGUCUAGAGCGGGACCAGCAGAAGCUGGAGGCGGAGCUGGACCGUAGUCAGGAUGAAGUGGAUCAGACCCGUAACAAGUUUGAGGAGGAGCUGCAGAAGAAGAUGGAUGCAGAGAAUGACUUUGUGGUCAACAAGAAGGACGUGGAUGAGGGCUACCUACAGAGAGUGGAACUUGAGCUGGACCUCGAGGAGCUGAUGAAUGAACUGGAUUUCCUGAAACGGGCUUACAAUGAGGAAAUCAGAGAGUUGGAAUCCAUGAUCGUGAAAGAGAAGAUCCGGAUCAAGGCCAACAACGGACCUGACCUAGACCUGGAUGAGAUUGUGGCGGGCGUAAAGAAACAGUACGAAGACAUGGCAGCCCGUAGUCGGGAGGAUGUGGAACAGUGGAACCAGAAGAAGAUGAACGCUAUGGUUCUGACAGCUGGGAAGUUUGAGGAUGACCUGCGCGAUGUCAAGAAAGAGAUUGCUGACCUACUGAGGCAAAUCCAGCGGCUGAAGCAUGAGCUUGAAGCGCUGAAGAAAAAGAAAGAGGCGUUGGAGGUGGAGGUCACCCAGGCUGAGGGCCGGGGUCAGGAGAGCAUCGACAAGGCGCGCGGCCACCUGGUGGAGUUGGAGGAGGCCCUGCGCAAGGCCAAGCAGGUGAUGGCGCGGCAGGUGCGCGAGUACCAGGAGCUGAUGAACGUCAAGCUGGCGCUGGACAUCGAGAUCGCCACCUACAGGAAGCUCCUGGAAGGAGAGGAGAUGAGGAUGAAUGACUACGGACGUGACCAGUUAGACGCCCUGACCCCUGAAAACUUCCUUCCGGAAAACUUCCUUCCGGAAAACUUCCCUCUGGAAAACGGCGACACACAACACUCUCAGCCCACCGACGCCCCUGAGCCCAAGAAAAGCCUGCUCGUCAAAAUCGAGGUGAGGGACGGCCGAGUGAUCUCUGAAAGCUUCACUGACUCAUGACGAGAUGCCGGUCCCUUUCGGUCCCCUUGUUGAGGGAAAAAAAAAUAAAAAAUCAUUGUCCGUCUCGAUUUCUGCCUGUGAACGAGCUGUUGCAAAUGUGUGUUCAUUUGUGCAGUUCGCCCCUUAAAAAUGUGAGCACUGAUGGUUUGUGUCUGUUCCCCAUUUCCCCGAUUCUGACUUGAUUCUGUCAAUAAAUCAUGAUUUUUCUUUCACAAA